AUGACUCCCAAGUUACUGCGUAACCAACUUCGCGACAAGUUCGUUCUCGUGAUCGGCGAUAGCGUGGCGAAGAACUUCGCGGCGUCGGUGAUGUGCGUGCUGCACUCGUCCAGUUGGAACCAGACGGAACGGUUCCAGUUUGAGAAUCGGGGGAGCGUCGCACACGGCAUGCAGAUUCCUCGGUACAACAUCCGCGUCGCUUCAGUCACAUCCAACUUCCUCAGCAACGCCACGGCCCUCCCUUCAACCUCCUCCACCCCUUCGCCCUACUUCGGAUCGCGAGUCAAUCUGGACCAGCUACAGGACGACAUUCUGAACCUCAUGCCCCUUGCAGACCUUGUCGUUUUCGAGGCGACCAACUGGUGGACCUCUCGUGCGAACAAGUUCUUUAUAGGAGACACCGAGUUAUCUACAGUGUCCGUUACAGACGCCUACGAAAUCGCUCUGCAAACACUGAAAUCCUUCGUGGAGAGGGCACAGGAGCGUGCGUUCAAGGGCACGGCUGUGCUGCUGGGGGCGUCCCCUACGCACUAUGAGCUGCCCCUGCCUGGUGUCCCUGGGGGGUCGUGUCAGGUCAACCAGAAGCUGACGUGGCUGCAGGCGCAAGAGAUUCGACAGGGGGACACCAGUAUGGAGGGGUUCAGAGAGGUGGAGAGGCGGGUGCUGUCUGGGUCGCCCAUUCGAUACCUGGAUGUGGGGCCUAUGAGCGACUCGCGACCCGAUGGCCACAUACAAAACUGGAUGGAUCCAGGCGGGGACAGCACGUUCACGAGCCCCAAGGCGGGGGCUGUGGGGGUGAAGCGGCUGCAGGAGGGAGCUGCACCCGGCACAUAUUUCGGGCCCAAAAUCGACAACGGGAAGCCAAUCACUGUGGAGUUCGACCUUGGAUCUGACACUAUCACAGUGGAGUCAAGGGAAGGCGAGAACCUUCUGCAUCUGGCCGAGAGAUGUGGAGCUAUGAAAGCCUCUGAGGAGUUUUGUUUUGAAGGGACGUGCUGCCACUGUGAGAUGGAGGUGGAGGGAGGAGCGAGUGAGGCGGGGUAUCGUGCCAUGGGUGGUUCCGACCUCAUCCGCAGCUGCAUUUGCCCGGUGCCGGGUCGUAACGGCGGAACCCUCAAAGUGCGCAUUCUCAGUGAAGAGGACGUGUGGGGGGAUGGCGUUCUCCCAUCUGCGUCUCCUCCACUGUUCACCACCUCCGCAUCACCGUUCACUGCUGCUGCUGCUGCUGCUGCUGGUGCUGGUGGGGUGGGUGGGGCUGCCGAUGGUCCGAGUGCUGCUGGUGCUGCUGGUGCUCCCGGUGCUGCUGAUGCAGCAGUCCUCCUCGGCCAAUCACUGACCGGAUAG